UCAGUGUUGCAUAUGGGUUGAAAUUCUAUGUUGUGCUUCUAAAUACAACACAGUAACUUUUAAAAACAAUUUUCUUGUUUUAUAUAGCUGUAUUACCAAGUCUUAAAUUUUGCUAUGAUAGUGUCUUCUGCCCUUAUGAUAUGGAAAGGGCUGAUCGUCAUUACUGGAAGUGAAAGCCCUAUUGUUGUGGUGCUCAGUGGCAGCAUGGAACCAGCUUUUCACAGAGGAGACCUGUUGUUCUUAACAAAUUUCCAUGAUGACCCAAUCAGAGCUGGUGAAAUAGUUGUUUUUAAAGUUGAAGGCAGAGACAUUCCAAUAGUUCACAGAGUAAUCAAAAUACAUGAAAAUUCUGUGGCGUACUUCUUGAGACCCUGGCUCCUGUCCCUCAGCAAAGUUGCUCAGGUUCGAAAUAGAGAAAAUGGGAACAUCAAAUUUCUGACUAAAGGUGAUAAUAAUGAAGUUGAUGAUAGAGGCUUGUACAAAGAAGGUCAGAACUGGUUAGAGAAGAAAGAUGUUGUUGGAAGAGCAAGAGGAUUCUUGCCUUAUGUUGGUAUGGUAACUAUAAUAAUGAAUGACUAUCCAAAAUUUAAGUAUGCUCUCCUGGCAGUAAUGGGAGCAUAUGUACUGCUGAAACGUGAAUCCUAAAAAAAAAAAAAAAAAAAGCCACUUUUCCAAGAACAAAGUACAAAGUUAAAUAUAAGGGGAAAAAAACUAAUAUAUUUCAGAUGUUUUCAUUUCUGUAUACAGUUACAAAACUGUGCAAGCUUUUGUCUUGUCUAAAUAAACUGUACGACUAAUGAGUAAAGCUUUUGGCUGUUGGUUAAUUAUGUAAUGGCAUAUUUACUGUCUUAAAUAGAUCCUGCUUUCAGUUAGUCUUUUGCUUGUUUGGAAGACACAGACUGUCAUGUGCUAAAGCAGCUUACGGCACUCCUUGACAUGCUGUGUUGUUUUUCUUAAGCGAUACUGCAUCUGAACCCACUUUCUCCCUCCUGUUUGUUCAUUUUUCUUUGCUUGAUUAUUUUUAAUCUCUGUCAGUGCCCUCUCUUUUCACGACCAUACAAAUUGUUUUUAUCAGUACUUAUAAGGGCACAGCAUAUGUGUUGGAACAGGUAGUGAGUUGUAGGAGUCUAGUUAGACUUAGGCCUAAAGAAAGUUGUCUAGAUAUGGCUGACAAAAAUAGACAGGAAAGGGUCUUUCAUUCUGAUUCAGAACUGAGAAGUGGAAACUUGGAGCUUUUUCCCUGAAUUUGAAACUUGCUCCUUUGUGGUGUAGGGACAAAAAAACCUAAUGACCUGAUUUUUAGAGACCUGAUUUUUAGGGACUGUGUUUGUUUCUAGAAUUCAGGCUGUUAACCAUUCUGCCUUUAUGUUCCUAGUGUUAAAACACACCUAACAAAAAGAUUUUAUGGGUUUUAUUAACACUUGUAAAUUACUGAAUGAAUAGCACAGUAGUGUACUUAAGUAAUAUUAACCAAUAAGGGUAAGACAUAACUCAUAUUCCAAUUUUGAGAAUGUAUUGUUCUCUUCUAUCAUAUGAUACCUGAAUAGUGUUAAACAUAAAAUUGAUUUUUCAUUUUAAAACUUACCUGAUAACUGUCUUAUAUGAAAUACUAGAUUUUUCUCUUCUUGACUUCAAAUGUCAAUGUUGUACCUUCCACAAAGCAGAACUUGUUUUCCUCGCUUGCUUUGUUUUUGUAGCUUUGAUAAGGAACAGCAUGAUGGUUUUUUCCUGUGGAGUUUUGUUUCUUCUGUAAUGCCUUACCUCUACAGAAAUACACUAUUGUACAAUAAUGGCACCUCUUCUGUUGUAACUGCUAGUGCUGAAAGGCAGACAACUGCUGAAUUUUUCCAAGUAAUGCUACUUCUUUUGUGUCCUGCUAAGUAGUUUUCAUGACAAACUGUAUUAUAAAAAUGACUUGUUUUGUGUCAAAUUGUGUAGAAAUAAAAUUGAAUAUAAUAAAUGGCA